GAGGAGCCUCGGAUAUGGCGGGCUGUCAUUGUUACUAAUUAAUCCUUCUGCGAGGGGCUUUGCACUGCGUAAGUGUUAUGUCCAAAAUGGCCGAGAAGAAAUUCAAACUUAUGGUGAUUGGUGACAUGGCGGUGGGGAAAACAUCCUUGUUGUCGAGAUUUACAAGAGAUUCAUUCAGCUUUGGGACUUUUGGUUGUCUUUCCUUCGAAAUUUAUACCACUGAGCUAGAUGGCAAGGAGAUUAAACUGCAGUUAUGGGACUUGCCUGGUAACGAAAGGUUUCAAACCUUGAACAAAUCAUACUACAGAAUUGCUACGGGAGUUAUGCUAGUUUAUGACAUCACCAAUGAGAAGUCCUUUGACAAUAUCCGAAAUUGGAUUAGAGACAUCAAUGAGCAUAAUGAAGAUGUGAAGAAAAUUAUUGUAGGAAACAUGUGUGAUCUGGAGCACCGACGGACAGUCUCAAAUGAACAGGGUGAACAGCUUGCCAAAGAGUACUGCGCUGCUUUCAUGGAGACCAGUGCUAAAGACUCGAUCAAUGUGAAGGAGGCCUUUUUCACACUUGCACGAGACAUUGAAGCAAAUGUUCCAAAACUGAAGCCUUCUGAGACUUCAUAUUGUUGCUUAAUGUAGAAUACAGAAGACAAAAACAGGGUUAAUGGAAGUAAAAAAAUUUAAAAAGGCUGCUCAUUUCUUUCAAAUGCCCUGUCUCUGUUUUAGUUCUAGAUAAAUGCAUAUUUACCAUUUUCUCAAUGUCAUAUAAGCUGCUGCUUUUAUUUUGUUCUCAGGCAACACAAAAAACUUCAGCAUACACUCAUCCAAUGCAUUGGCAAAAUUUACAAGGAAGACAAAUUAAUUCCAUAAAAAAUAGUUCUGAAAUGAAAAA